AUGGAUAGAGGGAGACUGAAUCUGGAGGCUUUAGCCGAGGAGGAAGAUGAGGAAGAAGUGGAAAACACAAAACGGGAUAGUUCGGAUGAUUCAGACAGUUCAGGGGAUGAGGAACCAGAUCCGUCAGCCAGACGGGAGCCAAACAAGUUUGAUAAUCUCUGUGACGGGGUUCUCAACUCUAUGGCACUCGUUCAUGGAUCCAUAAGAGAGCUGCUGGAUAUGAAGGAUGAGAUGCUGAAACAUGCCUUACCCCCAACACUGCUGAUCAAACUGGCCACCAUCACGGGGAAAGUAUUCAGAAGUAUUAGUGACCUGAAUAUGCCAGUGAAUGAACUAGUCCGUUUAGUGCAUGUGUACUCCACCCCUUGGGAGGAAAAGAGUACUGCACUAAAGAAACUCCAUGAAGAUUAUGAGAGUAAGCAGAGACAACUCAACAUUGCCAUCAAACGUCUUCAACUCGUGGAUGCACAUUCUAAAAGAAUUGCAAGAGAGAAAAGAAUAAUGAACUGGGAGAAAUUGUUUGCCAAGAUAAUGAGCAACAAAGGACAUGGAAGGAGAUGGAAGUUCCUGAUAGAAACCAUCAAACAGAAAGCUCAGCUUGGACUUGAACACGUACAAGAGUACUCAAAAGCGUUAGAGGAGAGCUCUGAUGAGGAAGGUGAAGAUGAUGAAAUGCCCAUAAAGUUGAACAGACAUGAUGAUGGAGCUGACAGUGAUAAACUAUCAGAUUUGGAGGAGGAAGAGGCUGAGGAAGGGGUAGCAGAGGAAGAGAGUGAAAAAGCUGAAACACCAGCAGAAGAGGGUGAGGAGGAGGAGGAAGAAAAAGAAGAUAAAGAGACCAAAGAAGAGACAGAAGGUGCAAACAGCCGUGUUGGAACACCAAAGAAAGUGAGAUUUGCCGAUGAGGAGAAGGUGGAACCUACGAAGGAGGUGUCUACAUGGACUCACGAGCCUCAGUAUGAUAACUUCCUGUUUAUGCGAGUGUUUACUCCUACCGGACUGGAUCAGAAGGACAUCAAAUGUAUGAUCCAAUAUGGAGCAAAAACCCACAAAACAGCACGACUUGACCCAGAGGAUUCGGAGGCCCCAGCUGAACAACCCAAGCCAAAAGCGAAGGGUCUCAUUGGAUCUAAAGGGAAAGCAUUACAAGAAACAGAAUCAGAUUCUCUACAGAAAAAGAAAAAAGCGGAAGAGAAGGCCACAAAAUCAAGGUUUGAGGAGAUGUCCUUUGACCUCCCAGAAGAGGUUCCAGAUGGAGUGUGGACAAAACCCACCAAAGAGGAACCUCAGAACAUACAAGUGUCUGUACAUGUGGGUCCCCAGGAGGAAAUAUUUGCCAUGGCAACCAUAGACAUGGAGGAUAUCAAGGCAUUGAAUUUGAAAGAAGUAUACCUACCUGAGCCCCAUGGAGAUGAUGAUGUCCCUACUACCCCCAGGGGCCGCGGAGGGCGCAGUGAUGUAGGGGACUUUGACUCACUGUCUGAUGAUGUUGAGAUCAGUCUGCCUGGAGAGGAUGUAAAGAAACAGCCAGAACCUGUAUCAAAUGAACUAGUUAAAGAUAUUGAAGCUGUUCCAUUCCCCUUGCUAUCAGUAAAUCCUGCUAAAGGUGACUCCAUGCACGCGUCAUGUGGCACACUUCCUCUUGUCAUGUACAUAGGCAAGCGUCUUAAGCCUCAGGAAUUCAAUAGGCAGUGUGGAACAAUGACCUUGAACUCUUUGGUAUUUGACAUGACUGGUAUUGACCUUGAUACCUGGAGAAAAGAAGAUCUUAAUAAAGAGAUGAGGGAUCAGGCUAGUUCAGCCCUUCACUUGACCCCAGAACCUCCAAAGGAGCCAACACCCCCUCCCCCACCCCCGAAGGAACCAACUCCCCCACCCCCAAAGGAGCCUACACCACCUCCUCCUAAAGAGCCAACUCCACCACCUCCUCCCAAGGAGCCUACCCCUGAACCAAAGGAGGAAAUGGUUACCAAGAGAGAAUUUGACGAGAUGAUGGACAAACACAACAACGAUUUACGUUACAUACAAGAGGAGUAUGAAAAGCGACUGCAACAGUUGACAGACAGUUUACAGUUGAUGGAGGAAACACGAUUCCAGAUGCAAGAACAGUUGAAACAGCAACAACAACAACAGCAGCAACAGAUACAGUACCAUCAGCAGCAGUUGCUACAACAACAACAUGCCCCUCGUCCCCAACAACGUCCUCUGUCUCAGGAAAGUCGUCGGUCAGCAAGUAGUGCCACGCGACGGGAAGCACAGCCACAGCCUCCACCUCUAGUCCCGCUCAAUACUGCCUCCCCUACUAUGGAGACCAUGCCGGUUCCUCCCAGGUCUAGUCCAAUGCGACCAGAGACUGCCCCAGAUGCUAGAAAGUCUGUGCCAAUGCCAUCUGUACGUCGUACCAAACCUGCACGGCCAUCUCGCCCCACCCCUCAACACUGGGGACCCGGCAUACCAGAGGAUUUUCUGGACCGACUGGCCUGGUUCGAGGAAGAGUCCAACAAGCAUAAGGAGGAAAUGGUCAACAAAAUAUCUAAACAGAUCCAGGAGGACAUCGAGAGGAAGCUAGCUGGUCAACACAAACUCAGCAAGAAGGAAGAGGAGAUGUAUGAUGCACUUAAAGACGUGAGUUUACCUGCUUUGUUUAUGCCAUACAAACGAGGUACCGUGUUCAACCCUAGAGCCCACCAGUACUUCCAUCCUAAUGGAUCCAGUGACUUACGAUUGACCCAGCCACCGUCUAUGAUCCAGUUACCUCCCUUGCCUAAUAAAUCUAAAAUGUCAGUAUUAAACCUGUUUGAGCUGAGUCGGAACUUUAACCGAGGUCAAGCUUGGCUGAUGGAAAAGUACAUCCAACAACAGGAGCCGGCAGAGAACACUCGGGGAAUGGUCCCCAUCACACCCGCACCAACAGCUGACAAAACAGGGUCAAUGGAUGGUCAGCAACAACCUGACAUUGGUACCACCCAGAUGAGUAAUGUCGGCACCAGUAACGCAGAUCAAGAGGUCGACCUGGAAAUGUGA